CAAUCAUUGCGCUCCAAUACGGAGUUCUACUGCGAAGCCACUGCAUUGAACAGCUCUCCGAUGAAUUUGUUCUCCUUUGUGCGCUGAACUGAAAACCGUCCUUCUCUCUGCUGUCGUCUUUCACAAGGUGUGACUAAGCGUCUGUCCCCGGACUUGCCGUCUCUCCCUGACCAACCUUGGUUCUGUGUCCAGCGUCUGAUCUCGACACCCUCAAGUCGUCUACCUGCACCAACCUCGACUGGCCACCGGGAGUCCCACGCCACCUUACCAGCCAUAAGGAGAGACCCCGCCCCUGCAUCACCAUGGCAGACGGCCGGCAGCCCGAGGACAGCGCCCCCCAGUGGGAGCCAUCGGGAGCCCAGGGCCCCGCCCCGCCCGCGGCCCACGGGGCCAACGGCUACUCUUCCUCCUACCGGGGCUGCCAGUCUGGGGGGGGCGUGGCCCCCUACUCCUCGGCCAGAGAGAAUGGCUUCAAUGGGGACCUGUCAGGAGAUCAUGCUGUGACUGCAGAGCAAGUGUCUGCACGGAUAGUGCAGGAGGUGACAGCGGAGGCUGUGGCCGUUCUUAAGGGGGAACAGGAGCCUCAGGCGGAUACAGCCAAGAGACUGCCCUCAGUUGAAGAGACCACCAACCUGCCCCCCUCCCCUCCCCCCUCACCUGCCGCGGAGCACCUUGGACCGCUGGAGCGAGAUGUAGGGGAUGAGGAGGAGGCUGGCCCUCUCCGCCGCUUCCAAAACUCUCGAGAGAGGUGCAAGUUCCUCGCCCCCUCCAUCUCUGUGUCUGUGCCCGAGGAUGACCCCUACCACUCCGACGAGGAGUACUAUGAUCACCCCUUGUUCAGCCCUGAGUGGACCCGCUCGGGCUCUCGUCCCUCAGGGGCUGGGCAGGCCGCUGCGUUUAGGCAGAUCGAAGCUCUGAAGAUGGAGUCUGACAAACAAGGCAGUGAGAGGAGUGGCUCCAUGAGUCCAGACAGCAUUGGGUCGGAGAAGCGCCCGGAAGAACCGUUCGACCCCCACAGCCCUGCGUUCUUCAGCGGCGACACGUCCGAACCGGAGCCAGCCGCUUCUACCCCCACUCCCUUGAGCGUCCAAAGCCAAGCCAAAGAGCCCGCCAAGCUUCUCUCCCCACUGCCGGCUGAGCUGCCUGUGCAAGGCGAACCCAAGACGGUGUCGGAGAAGCAGCCUUCGGUGGAGGUCCUGGAGUUCACCACCCUCGUGGCGGGGUCCGACAUCCCCACGGAGGGGGUCAAAGUUCAAGAGGUUAAGAAAGCUGAGGCAGGAGAUAAAUCGGGCAUGUCAGCUUAUUUCGAGACGUCAGCUCUUAAUAAGGCAGAUGAGGGCCGCGCUCCGGCUGAAGGUUAUUAUGAACUGAGCACAUCAGGGGAGGACAAGAAGGGAGGAAGUGCCUGUCCAGAGAUAAACUACAGCAUGUUGGCUCAGGCCCCGUCCGGAGAGGACACACUUGACACCAAGAAGAGUGUGGAUGAAUUGAAAGCCUUGCCCACCAGUGAAUGCAGGCUGUCUCCAGGCAAACUCGCCCUGGAGCAGAGGAGCUACUCCCUCAACAUCACCAUCGGGGCUGUGGAUCCGGGACGGCCUCGGGGCUUCUCUCCUUUGGCGACGGACAUCAUGUCCUACACCAGCGGCAGUCUGGAUGAGUCAGCUGACUACCUUCCGGUCACCACGCCCUCUGUGGAGAAACCUCUCCCGUUCCCACCGCUCAUUCUGGAAACCGCCGCCUCAGUCACCUCUGAAUCCUCCUCCCCUCCCCACAGCUCAGAGCCUGCCCCUAAGACCAGCCCCCAGACCGAGUCCCCAGAGUCUCCCCAACGCCCGAAAUACUGCUACAAGAACGGCACUGUGAUGGCCCCAGACCUGCCCGAAAUGCUGGAUCUGGCCGGGGCCCGGUCCAGACUGACGUCUGAAAACACCGACCCGGAGAUCAUAAGGAGGAAGUCCGUCCCCGCGGAUGUUUCCACGAUGGUUAGCGACCCGCUAGCUCAGAUGGCGCUAGGAGAACAGAGCCCCACGGCGGCUAAGAGCGAGAGCCAGCUCGAGGAGCUGGGCUACUGCGUGUUCAGCGAGUAUUCGGGGCCCAUGCCCUCCCCUGCAGACGUCCACAGCCCCCUGGACUCCCCUCCCCAGGCCUUCACCCAUUCGGUGCUGGAGGCGAAGAUGGCGGAGCAGGCCCGAAAACAGGGCACGUCGUACGAAAAGACCCCUCAGCAGUCGGAAGAAAGAAACGAUUCCGUCGAGGAAAAAGAGGAGAAAGAGGAGAACGAUAAACCCGCCGCCUUGCGGGAGAAGUCUUUGCCUGGCUCGGGGCAGGACGAGACGCAGCCGAGCCAGCCGACAGAGACCUUUGUGACUCCGACAGUGACGGUCACCAUGGAGGAGGGCCAGGCCGAGCCCGGUGCUGAAGGGGAGGCGUCAGCGAAGGAAGCCGAGUUGGAGAUCGCGGACUACGAGCGUCAGAUCCGUAAACUGGAGAUGGAGGGGCGUCCCCUGAGCGUGGAGGAGGAGCGGGAGCUGCAGGAGCUGAGGGAGAAGGUCAAACUGGUGCACCAGGAGGCAUACGAGGAGCUGGACGCCGAGGACGUGUACCAGCUGACGGGCGUGGCCAAGGACAGGAUCACAAGGCCCAUCAAAUCCUCCCCGGCCUCCUCUGUCGAGAGCACCGCAGAGGAUGAGAGGGCGCCGUCUCCGGGCCUGGACAAAACCAGGCUGUCUCCCUCCAAGAUCAGUCACCUGGAACUGUUUCCUUCUGGGGUGGGGGUGGCUGAGAAGACCAAACAGGAAGAGGUCGUCGAGGUCACGCCCAAAGUAGAGAUUGUGGAGGGAAAGGGCUCGAGCCCAAUGGCCGAGCCAGAGGAGCCUGCUGUAAUGACUUCCCAAGGGCCUCCUGCGAAGGAGGAGGAUGUCAAACUCUCCGCAGAGCCAAAAGAAACGACGGGAGAGGUCAAACCAGCUAAACCUGUAGAGAAAGACGCCAUUAAGGCUGAGAAGCACGGGGAGGACGUCGCGAAAGUCGAGGGGGAAGGCGGUGAGGCCAAGGGGGCGGGCACGGCGGCGGAGGCGGAGCCUCGCGCCGUCAUCGAGUCCGUGGUGACCGUGGAGGACGACUUCAUCACCGUCGUCCAGACCAUCGACGAAGGGGAGGAGCCGGGCCACAGCGUGCGUUUCUCCGCUCCCCUCGGGGCCGAGACCCCGCAGUCCCUCCAGGCCGACACGGAGGAAGACGAGGAGGAGGAGGAGUCCGUGGAGCUGGCCCAGGAAGUCGAAAUGGAGGCAGCCAGCCUGGAGGACGUGUCGGAAGCCCCGGAGACCCCCGCCUCCCCAGGGAAGGAGGCGCGCAUGGAGACGGAGGGCCAGACGGAGAGCUACGACAGGGAUGAGACCACCAUGGAUGACUCCAUUCUAGACAGCUCUUGGGUUGACACUCAAGAUGAUGACAGGAGCAUGGCCACUGAGAUUGAGCCCCUGCCCAAGGUAUCUACCCCAGUCAAGAAGCCUGACCAAGGCAUCCCUGCCCAGAAGCUUGCUCAGGAGAAACAGAAAGACAAGCACCAGAAGCAGGAGAAGCCUGUCAAGCCCAAGACCAAGGGGGGCAGGGCGAAGGGACGUGUUUCCACCCCGGAACGUAAACUCGUUCGCAAGGAGCCCGUCUACAUUCCCAGAGAGGAAGCCAAGAAAAAGAAAGCUGUGAUUAAAAAGACAGAGCUGACCAAGAAGGCAGAGACACAGACUCGCUCCCCAGCUAGGAAGAUUGUGUUGAAGGCCGCGAUUCCCCGACAGGCCCGUCCGGCCUCUACCAAGAGAAAACCCACAGUUGGAGAAGGUCGUCAGCCCCUCAGUGUCGCCAGGCAGUCUCGGGACAGGGCUUCAGAUGGUGGCUCACAGAGCCCAGAGAAGAGGUCGUCCCUGCCACGGCCAGCAUCCAUCCUGAGCAGACGUAACCACCACCACCACGAGCACGAGGAGAGCUCCACCUCCAUAACCAGUUCCGGCUCCACCGCACCACGCAGACCCACAUCCGCAGAGUCAGUGCGCUCCCGCUCAGCCCGCAGUGGCCAUUCCACCCCCCGUACCCCGGGGUCCACCGCCAUCACACCCGGCACCCCGCCCAGCUUCUCCUGCCGCACCCCUGGGACCCCCCGCUCCCUCAGCCUGCUGUCCCAGGAGAGGAAGGUCGCGGUGAUCCGCACCCCGCCCAAGUCCCCAGCCACCACCCCCAAGCAGCUGCGCGUCCUCAACCAGCCCCUCCCCGACCUCAAGAACGUCAAGUCCAAGAUCGGAUCCACAGACAACAUCAAGUACCAGCCCAAAGGGGGCCAGCAACACAGCCAACAAAGCAGAGGCCCACAGCUCACAGAUGGCAAAUGCAGCUCGUCCUGGAUCUGGAAAUCUGUCCUUCGCCUGAUCUCUCUCACCCUAUAUCUGUCUGCUGCACACUGUGUGACAUGGGCCCCCAUGCCAACCACAGAUCCACUGAUUCAGAUUUUAAACAAGAAGCUGGACUUCAGUCACGUACAGUCAAAGUGCGGAUCCAAGGAUAAUCUGAAGCAUUCUCCCCGUGGAGGCAAUGUGCUCAUUCCCAGUGUUAAGCUGGACUUUAGCCAUGUUCAGUCUAGGUGUGGCUCCCUGGACAGGAGGCAGUACUCCGCAGGAGGAGGAAAUGUACAGAUCCAGAACAAGAAGAUCGAUCUGAGUCAUGUGACCUCCAAGUGUGGAUCUCUGGACAACAUCCGUCACCGUCCAGGGGGAGGUAACGUGCGCAUCGAGAGCGUGAAACUGGACUUCAAAGACAAGGCCCAGGCCAAGGUGGGUUCGCUGGACAAUGCACACCACACUCCCGGUGGAGGCCACAUCACGAUCGAGAGCCACAAGCUGAUGUUCAGGGACACGGCCAAGGCCCGAGUGGACCACGGGGCCGAGAUCGUGACGCAGUCCCCCGCCGGGUUGUCCGGCCCCAUGUCGCCUCAGCGCCACAGCCACCUAUCCUCCUCCGGCAGCCUCGACGUGCUGGAGUCGCCGCAGCUGGCCACGCUGGCCGAGGACGUCACCGCCGCCCUGGCCAAGCAGGGCUUGUGAACGUCAGGACCCGCCCCCCUGGAAGAGCCUGACGCUGCCCCCCCGACCCCCCCCCCCCCCCCCCCCCCACCGCGGCUCGGCCGACGCCCAUGACUCUUACACCACUUGGGGUAUGCCUGAAGCUCCACGUCCCCUGAUCAUCUUCAGGUCGUCCCAAACGCGGGCGGACAGCCUGCACCCCCUCCCACCAAUUUCCCCGUAGUCCCCUGAUUACCCGGUACCUCCCCUGAUUACCCGGUACCUCCCCUGAGAAACCGUCGCUCCCACUUUCAUGUCAGCCAGAUCAAUGACAUCACACACCUAACUGUUCCCCUUCAGGAGCUGCUGACUCAGCUUGCUCCAGUUCUAUUUCUAUUUCCAACCCCCCAGUACAUGUGCAUUCGCCUCACUUUUUUGGUAUUUUAUAAAUGGUGCAUAGAUAGAAAUCCAAUCCAAGCACUGACCCAAGAUCAGCUUUAGGUGUUUGCACAAAUUAGGCUGGGUAGGGACCAGGCAUUGGGUUGGCUGGUCUCUGUUCAGUGCUUGGGAGCAGCCUUUUUCUACACUAGGUAGGAAGUCAUGUGACAACACCCAUACAGUAUGUGUUGUUUUGCUAAGUAAGUGCAUGGACCUAAACCCAAUUCAAACAUUCCUGAAGCAAGUCAUGAUUGCCCAACAUCAAACCUAUAGUAUGACAUAACAUAUAUAAAAAUAUGUAUAAAUAUACCAGCUCUUUGUCAGCAACAUCUUCUUCAAAACAAUUUAAAAAAAGUGACAAGCCUAUUAUAACUUAUACCUGUAAAAUUGCAUUAUUGCAAGAACUAGAUCACAGUAAUGAUGCGCAUGUAUCAUUUCUAGUACAAAAAGAGGCUAUUUUCUAUUUCAAACAAAACAUUUUAGUAAGCUAUUUCCUGAACCAUUGGAUAAAAAAGAACACUUCAUGUUUUUGUAGAUAUUAGUUAACUACACUAUGAUGUGACGCUUGUUGAUGACUUCAGACAACUGUCUUGGCGUUGCUAAGGAGUGCUUAUUUCAGACCCGCUAAAAGAGGAGUUUCUCAUCGACUACUUUUCUGCAGAGGGCUGGUUAGCUCGUACAGGUCACUUAGUCCUGAUGAGCUAUUUCACGUUGCCUAGGCCUGGUUGUAUGUAGUACACAGUUGGAUCUCAAGCUGAAGGUCUCAUAACACGUCAGUCUCUGAAUACCAGAAACUGCUGCUCAUCUCAGUUUGAGCUCUGAUGACUCCCAACCAUGCGUGCAAAGUCCUUGCCAAGUCAUUGCUCUAGAGCAGGCUGAAGAGGCACCCAAAGCUUGUUGUUGUCUGAACUGCAUUGUGGAUGAAGCUAUGGUGAUUGUCUAAGAUUCAUCUCAUGGUAGGAAGCAGAUAGUUUGGACAGUUGUAACUGUCACUGCACCUGGUGUCCAAGAUGUCCGCACUUCGACGCUGGGGAUUGUUGAAACAUCUAGGGUGGGGGGAAAAAUCCCCCAAAAGAGCAUUUCAUAAAAAUAAAAAUAAAACGACUUUAAAAAAAGGAAACUCAAUCAUGUUUGAUCAUCUGUUUGAUAAAGUGUACCGGUAUAUUUUUUCUGUCAUCAUUUGUGGUAUACUUACCUUCCUGAUACUCCUGAUGUUUGCUUAUGUGUUUUUCUGCCAUGCCCCUCCUCCUUCCCCACCCCAUGACCCCCAACCUACAGUAACUGUAAAUGUAUUUAAAAGGUCAAAUAGAUGUACGCAGUUUUGCUCCUGUUGAUAUGAUACUGAUAAGAAAAAAUGCUCUUAACAUUAAUGACAAUAAAAAGACGGAAAAACAUGA